AUGGGCUCUGCACAAUCCAAAGGCAAAAAAGGGGUAUCUAGAUUCCGUAGCGCGAAACCAAAUGCUAGUUCUAUUCCCGCUCUCGAAGCGAUCAACUCUCAGGUCCCUGGCCAACAUAACUAUACCACACGCCCUAGCUCGCCAAAGAACCAACAAGGUAUCGUCAAUAGCACUACUCGCGGCACCAGAGCGCUAGUGAAUGCUUCUGUUGUAAUGGGUGCCCCGAACAUUCCGCACGAAGCCGCUCUUCGAAUCGGGGCUCCCUCUAGUACCAGCGUCCCGAUCGAAACCCCCGAAGCGUCGACUCAGUCCCCCGAAGCGUCGACUCAGGUCCCCCAAGCGUCGACUCAGGCCCCCGAAGCGGUGACGCAAGCUCUCUCGCCUCCCCCUAACCCCCCGGCGUUAGCUCUGACCCCUCCGCAGAGAAAAGACACCGUCACGGCAAAGAAGGGUAUCAAUCUCUGGCAAGUUGCUCGUGAAAAGCUACCGAAGGAAAGGCGGGAAAGAGUCUUUAAAGAUGAAAGCUGCGACCAAAACCUAGUUCAGGCUCUCAUUAAUCGUGUCGAACGCAAAAAAGACGACAUCGACGACAAGCGAUGGUAUUACGAGAAGGAGGAUGGCAGCAAGGUUUUCUAUAUGGAAUCCGCCUUGGAGCAACUACAGAAGUACGCCGGCAUAGGAGACAUUGCUAUCCAGCACAACCCUGACGUUGUUGCGCUGGCAUGGGCAGGAUUUCGGUUUCUCUUAAAUGUUGCGUCUGCACACACCGAGAACAUGAAAUCUAUUGGAGAGAGCUUUUCUUAUCUCUUGCGCAUCAUAUGCUGCUGUGAUAUUUAUGAGAGGCUUUACAUAAAUGAGAGCUUCAAAAUUUCAGAACACCUUACAAACUCUAUUGUCGAUCUUUACGUAUCAGUCUUGGAAUACCUUCUCUAUGCCGAGGGGCAUCUCCAGAAAAGCACCACUGAACAAGUAUUUAAUAGCUUUUUGGCCGGGUCCAAGAGUAUGCUGCUGGAGAUGCAAGCUUUAGAAAGGGUAGUUAACGAUAAUGCCGCAGUAGCUGCAAAAGAGGCUACGGACGCCGGACUCACCCAUCAAAUCAAGAACUCCGAAACCCUGAAAUGCCUUCUGGAACUUAUGAACACAGUACAGGUGCCGAUCAUGGGCAUGCAAUCCUCCGUCGAAAAAAUGCUUUCAAUCGUCAAGGACCAAAGACGGUCUGAAAUCUUAAUGUGGCUGUCUAAAAUGCCAUUCAACGAUCAUCAUAAUUACUUCAGUAAGCGUCGCCGCGAGGGUACUGGGGAGUGGCUUCUUCAACAUGAAAAGUACGGGGCGUGGAAGAUGUCUGAAAAAUCGUCAAUAUUUUGGUUACGUGGAGGAGCUGGAUGUGGCAAGAGCUUUCUGGCCUCACGGAUAGUCGACCACUUCCGGGAAGAGGCCGGGAACGUUCAUGACCGCAGAUAUGCAGUUGUGCACUUCUACUGUCACUAUACAGAAGACGGGAGGAACGAUCCUGAGUCAAUUUUGAGGACUAUCGUCAAGCAGAUGUGCCUUACGAUGGACGAAGACUCAAAAGCGCUACCAAACCCCCUUUUGAAAAUCUAUGAGCAACGCGAAAGGAACGGCCACUCAUCUGGCCCUCUCAACGUGGAGGAGAGCGGAGACCUGAUUAUUGAUCUUUGCCGUGGGUUUAAGAAGGUCACUCUCAUCAUCGACGCCCUUGAUGAGUGUAAUACGGAUACGAGACGGGCGUUAUUUCGCGCGCUAAAUCGUAUCUCCUUGAAAUCGAAUUCUAUCAAGAUUUUCGUCACGGGACGAAACAGUGAUGAUAUUCAAAACACACUGAUUGAUCAUUCUAGUCAUUAUAUUGACGCAACAGACAACUCAAAGGACAUCAAUCACUAUAUCGAGACAGAAAUCGAGCGUCGCUCAAAUCACAGAGAAUUGCGGAAUGAUGAAGAACCACUGCUAGAUGGGGAUGUUGUAUCCAAACAAUUGAAGGACUACAUAAAAUCGACAUUGCAGGAAAGGGCGAAUGGAAUGUUCAUGUGGGUACAGUUCCAAAUUGUCGCUAUCUGCAAGGAACGGACGCAGGGCGACAUUUACAAGGCAAUCGGCUCUCUCCCCAAAGAUCUGGACGCCACUUACAGUCGCAUAAUCCACGGUCUCAAAUCGCAGGGUGAAUCGAUUUCCACUGUUGCUGAGAAGGUCUUGAAGUGGAUAUACUUCGCAGUGAAGCCUUCAUCGCCUGAUACAAUAAUUCAAUCCUUGGCCGUGAAACCGAAUGAGGCAGUCCCAGAUCUGAAACCGCUCGAGUGGACGUUAAAGAAAGUUCUAGCCGCAUGUCAAAAUCUUGUUAUCUUCGACGAGACGUUAAAAAUCCUACGGUUCGCACACUUCUCUGUACAGGAGUAUCUUCAACGUCAACCCGAGUUUUCUGAAGAGACCGGCCAUGCAUACAUGGCGGAUAUAUGUCUUACACUGCUUACCUACGACUCAGAAGGUAUUAAUGGGUGCCAAUUACCUGAACUCGAACGGUAUGCCGUAAAGUAUUGGGGCUCUCAUGCCCGCCUCUCGGGGCUUUCAACUGUUGAUCGUUGCAUGGAGCUUUUGAAUAACCCAACAGUCUAUCGCGCAUGGUGUCAUCGGGCGGCUCCAGAGGAUGAAGAAUUGCGGGCAACGCUUUCCAACGGUGGUCCGCCUACUCCUACUCCAACUCCAUUCUGGGUGGCAUGUUACUAUGGCCUGCCGCAUGUACUUGAACGAUUAGACCAGUCGCAAGUGAACGCUGAGAACCUUGGGGGGAAAACACCAUUGAUUGCCGCUUCAUGGCAGCAACAUGAGGUCAUCGUACGUAUGCUGUUGGAUAUAGAUGGAGUGGACGUCAACAAAGCGAACCGCAGAGGCUCUCCUAUGUCAUGGGUUGCAAGAAAUGGCAAUCAGGAUAUAUUAAAGAUGCUGCUCGCUGUAGAAGGGGUGGAUGUGAACAAAUCAGAUCAAUAUGGUAUGACACCACUGUCCCUGGCCACCCAACAUGGUCAUGAAAAGAUAGUGGCCACGUUGCUGGCCGUGGACAGGGUGAAUGUGAACAAGGCAAACCCCACGAACGAGACACCACUGUCCUGGGCUGCCCACCGUGGUCAUAAAAAGAUAGUGGCCAUGUUGCUGGCCGUAGACGGGGUCGAUGUGAACGCAGGAACAACAGCGGGCGAGACACCACUUAUUAGAGCUGUCUAUCCUGGUUAUGAAAAGAUAGUGGCAAUGUUGCUGGCCGCGGACGGGGUGAAUGUGAACGCAAAGAGCAAAACAGGGAGGACACCACUAUGGGUGGCUGCGAAUACUGGCCGUGAAAAGAUAUUAACCAUGUUGCUGGCCGUGGACGGGGUGAAUGUAAAUGCAAAGAACGAAGAUGGUCACACAGCACUGUCGCGGGCUUUGACCAACGGAUAUCAGGAAAUAGCACGCCUACUACGUGCCGCAGGUGCUUCGGAGACGGGAGACGCUUAG